UUCGCAAACACGCAACCAUGCAGACGUUGAUAGCUCGGGCUUGUCGGGGAAAGUUGGCGGCACCAAAGACCAGGCUACUGGUCGGGGAAGCAUGGCGGAGCUCACCCAACGCCGUUGCAAUUGCUGCGGGAAACACCACUUGCUGGAGAUCGAUGCGAGGUGUCUAUACGUGGAGGGUGCCGAUCCCUUUGACCAAGAUCGUUGCCACGAUUGGGCCCGCCUCCGAGCAACUUGAGCCGAUGCAGAAGGUGGUGGACGCGGGCAUGCGUGUGAUGCGCAUUAACUUCUCUCACGCCACUUUUGAGGAGGCGGACUUGCGAUUGGCCAACCUCAGGGCGUCUAAGGGGAAGCACGUCAAGGCAUGCCUUGGGGAGCACAACAUGCGGGGGGUGCUCAUUGACACUCAGGGGCCCGAGAUCCGCACAGGGAACGUGGAGGACGGCGGCAAGAUCACGAUGGUUCAAGGGUCGACGAUUGAGCUCACUACUAACCCGGAGUAUCGCGACAAGUGCACAGCCUCGCGGCUGUUCGUGAGCUACUACGGGCUGACGGGAGCGGUAAAGGUGGGGAGCGCUGUUCUCCUAGACGAUGGGUUGGUCUCGUUGAGGGUCACCCGAUGUACGGCAGGAGUCUGUCACGUGCCUCGUGGAGAACAGCUCAAGAGCAGAAGAGGCGUGAAUCUCCCGGGGACAAAAGUGGACCUGCCGGCGCUCAGCGAAAAGGACAAAGUCGACAUCACUUUUGGUAUCCAGAACGACAUCGACUUCGUGGCUGCUUCUUUUGUGAGGAAGGCCGAGGACGUGCGGUCGAUCCGAAGGUUUAUUGACGACGUCCACAGCCAGCAUUGGCCUGAGGAUCGCCCGACAGCCCGCAUCAUAUCCAAGAUAGAGAACUUGGAGGCGGUGGACAACUUCGAUGAGAUCCUGGAGCUGUCGGAUGGGAUUAUGGUGGCAAGGGGCGAUCUGGGUGUGGAGCUGCCUCCUGAGCAGGUCACCAAUCUACAGAAGAAGAUGGUCAGACAGUGCAACCGAGUGGGCAAGCCGGUGAUUGUGGCCACCCAGAUGCUGGAGUCUAUGCAGACGAACCCACGACCGACUAGGGCCGAAGUUAGUGAUGUGACGAACGCGGUUUAUGAUGGCGCGGACGCCGUCAUGCUUUCAGGCGAAAGUGCACAGGGAAAGUACCCCGUGGAGUCAGUAGAGAUGAUGCGAUGUAUCAUUGACGAGGCUGAGAGCUGGAAGGGUUCCAACCCGGAGCUGGUUCUCCCCGAUGCGGCGGAACCUUCGGCGACCUCCGAGAUGGAAGGCAUCGCCUCGGCCACCGUGCACGCGGCCUGCAGCCUCAAGGCAAAGCUUAUCGUGGUGGUGACCAAGAAGGGGUACAUGGCCCGAUUGGUGGCCAAGUUCCGCCCGAAUGUUCCGGUUAUGUGCAUUUGCCCCGAUCGUAAGGUAGGGCGACAACUCAUCCUGCACCGAGGGCUCCACCCUGUGGUGCUCGACGAGCCCGACUCGCCUUCCACCCAGGCAGACGCGGUGCAACUGGCGAAGGGCGCAGGGUUCUGCAAGGCGGGGGACACCGUUAUCGUGGCCUACCGGGACCACGUCUCCCCGGCGAAGGACCUGGCCCUCAAGAUCUUGGUGGUGCGCGAUUGAGCGGAGAGGACGCGCCGGUUGAAGUUGCGAAGAGAUGGUGAUUGCUUUCCUUGGGGCCUCACGGCGACGGGGUACUAUCGCUUGGGAUUGCGAUACAGAGUAGGGAAAAUUGGGAGCGCUGAAGAAGGGAGGGCGCUGCCAACAACGGGAGGUGCAAUCGAAGCGCUUGCUUGGUGACACCUGGUCCGCCGGUAGAUGAUAUAGCAGGACACACUUCUGUCAGCGCGCGUGUAGUGGGAGCGUGUGAUCACCCGCAGAGUCAUAGGAGAGUCAGAUGAUAGAUAGGUGUGGAUGCUGUCCGUUAGUUGUUGUUCGUGUCGAAGAUAUCACGAUGUGUAAUAUGCAGCCUCAAGUGUUGCGUAUGAUAUCUCUGGAGCUUUGUUUUUUUAGUGCGAUGUAGCUGCUGUUGUCGCGUUGAAUAAGAACACAUACGUGGGUGUCAUGUGUACGCGUACAAGAGGGAAAUGUUUGGUGGUGUGUGCGCAGUCGUUGCCACGUUAGCUACAGUAGUGUGUGGGCAGGGGUUGGAGCGCUGGCUUUCUGGGGCGUUGCGUGUGGAGUCUAGGGGCGAUCGUACAUUUCGGAGCAGUCAGUCUGCGCGCCAGCGUUCUCCGUGGGAUACUACAAUAUUGGUUUUGGUAACGGAUUAUUUUCUGAGCACCUGUUCUUUAGGGUCAACGCUCUCUUGUGUUUGUGUGUUUGCCCGGCAUCCUUCUUUGUUCCUGAAGUGAUCGCGAGUUCC